AUGUCAAGCAGAACUCAGAAGAUGCUUAGUAUGGCUAAAAUUCAACACAACAAUUCUUUAAAUCCCGAUUUGAACUUGGAAAUACCUGUUAACUCAGAAGAAAAUAAAAACUACGAACUACAUGUUUUAGAAACAAGCACGUUUCAAGAAGAAAUAAUCGUUCAGACAAAUGAAACAAGUGCUGUUGCUAUUGACAUUAACACGGAAAUCGUACUGGAAGAAAAUUUGAAUGAAUUUGAAAGAACAUUACUGCAUAGUCCAGUAACUAAUUAUGAGACAAUAAAUAAUACGGAUGGAGAGAUAAUUCGAGAACAGAACUUGAUCGAAUUUUUGUCAGAAACUAAUGAUACAACAGAAGAGAUUUUGCAUGAAGAAGAGACCGCCGAACCAAUUGUCAAAAAAAGACGCAAAUGCAGACAUGUUGACAAAAAUGAUUGGAAACGAGAGGAGAAUAAAAGGAAGAGAGAGUUGGGCUCCGAAUUUUUUGGGAAGAAGAAAGAAGGUAAUAAAUGGACAUAUGACUUGAAGAGACCCAGAAAGUCCUUGGCAGAGACAUGUAAUUGCAAGUUUGACCCAAACACUUCCAAGUUAAAAUGUCGUGCCUUUUCUGAAGAGCACCGUAAUAACAUUUUUGAUUCAUUUUGGAAAAAAACUUGGGAUGAAAAGAAGUUAACCGUUAAUCUACUAACCCAACGAGUAAACACUUCGAGGGCUAGAAAUAGAAAGAAUGAGGAGACAUCUCAAAGAGCAUGUUCUUAUAAUUAUUAUCUUGAAAAGAAUGGAUUAAAAUUAAGAGUUUGCAAAAACCUAUUUUCAAACACAUUAGGCUUGAAACCUUGGACAAUACAUAAUUGGUUAAAAGCUUAUCACAUAAGUACAGAAAAUAAUGAGGAUAUCAAAAAAACAAUUAAUGAAAACACGACAGGAUUGGAAAAAACAAGAAAAUGUUCUCAGCGACAACACUUGCAAGAUUUUUUUAAAUCGCUUGCAAAAGUUGAAUCCCAUUAUUGCAGAAGUUCAUCCUCAAAACAGUAUCUUGAACCAAUUUGGAAAUCUAAAUCAGAAUUGUACACAUUGUAUAAAGAAACAUGGUGUUCUAAAUUUAAUGAAUCUCCAAUGUCAAUAGCUUACUUUUGUCAUAUGUUUGAAGAUUUGAAUCUUAGUCUGUUUAAACCAAAAAAAGACGAGUGCGACGUCUGCAUUUCAUUUAAAAGUAAAAACAUUACCGAAGAAGAGUAUCACCAACACAUACAAAAGAAAGAUGAAGCGAGGCAUGAGAAGGAAUUGGAUAAGCAAUCUAAUAAUAGCGUCUUUACGAUGGACUUGCAGUCGGUGCUUCUAUGCCCUAAAUCAAAUGCUGGUUCACUUUACUUUAAAACCAAACUUAUUGUGCAUAAUUUUACCGUGUAUGAUUUGAAGACGAAAGCUGGUUACUGUAACAUCUGGCAUGAAGGCGAGGGAGGAUUAAAUCAAACGGUUGCUUCUAAUGUAAAUGUUAAGCAAAAGGGAAAAUGUUCAAGUUCUGAUUCUAUUUUCCCACCUAUUGUUAUAACUGUUUCGCCUGCCAACCAAGCUAUAAUCCAUAAUAAUAAUGUUUACAAUGCUGAUGAUAUAGUGAUUAAAAUGUCUGGACAUGACGAGGUUUGCGAAAUUUUAACGGACACCAACGCAGCCAGCACAAGUGAAGAAAUAUCACAAGAAUCACCGAAUAAAGAACAAUACAAAAUUUCAAAAUCAAAUCAAGAAUUAGAUUUGAACAUCAAUGAAAAUACUACCAAUGAAGAACAUGCAAGAAGUGUAUUCAGUGAUUUUGAAGGCACACAAAUGGGUAAAAUUAGAAAGAGGAAACCGGAGAGGCAAUCUUGGAAAAGAGAAGCAAACAAAAGACUACGAGAAAGCGGUAAAGUGUAUCUUGGUUUUCAAAAAGAUCCUGAAACAAAAGUAUACAAACAAAUUGCUCCGAAACCUGAGAAAACAAUGGGACCACGCUGUGAUUCAAAUCAGUCUUUAUAUAGCGAGUAUCUGUUGAAGUGCAAAAAUGAAGGCAAUCAGGCUAUGAGUAGAAGAACAUUCGACGAGUUAUUCAAUGAGAAAGGAAUUUCUAUAUAUCUGCCCAAAAAAGAUAAAUGUGACAUUUGUUGUCAACAUGAAGUAGGGAACCUGGAUGAGGAAUCUUUUGCCAAUCAUAUUACUAAGAAGGAAAGAGCAAGACAAGAAAAACUGAAUGACACCAAGCUAGCUCAAGAUGAAUCAAGCAUCGUUUUAAUGAUGGAUCUACAAGCUGUUAAGAUAAUUCAAAAACUCUUCCUUCGUCCAAAUAUUAAUAUCCAAUUGUUUUAA